AUGGGUGGCCAAGGCAGAGAUGGUGGCAAGGCGAAGCCGCUGAAGGCGCCUAAAAAGGUUCAGAAGGAGCUCGACGAAGACGACAAAGCUUUCCUCGAGAAGAAGAAGGCCGAGGCAAAGGCACGAGCUGACAUGGCAGCAAUAGCGGGAGGCAAGAAGGGCCCCCUGAACACCGGCGCACAAGGCAUCAAAAAGAGUGGCAAGAAAUAG